AUGCAGUUCCCACGCCUUCUGCUACUGCUGCUGCCAGUGCUACUAGUGCUGUUGCUUCAGGUGGUGACUCCUGAUGAUAAUGACCAACUGGAAUCUACAAGCACCAGUACAAGUUUUCUGAGGAGAAGAAGGACUGAUCAGCAUCUGCAUGUACCGGUACAUAACAGUACUGGCACAGAACGUCAAGGCCAGUGGACCCUUCAGCAACCUGGAGAUGAGGAUCCCCAUUGGAAAGUGGCAGUCCGAGAGCACCAUGUACGAGCACUGCAAGAACGACCGAAUACUGGUGGUAGUAAUCCCGCUGGUGCUGGUGGCCUCGACGGCAUUCCCGUCAAUGACAAUCAACAGACCGUUACGAAUCCAGAAGACAACUUUCCAUCGUUGGAAUUGGAUGGGAGACACUGGAUAUAUGUGAUUGUCGCCAUGGGCUUUGAGGAGGGUUUGGCACGAGACGUGUCGCAAGAAGAACUACUGGAGUAUCAGUGUUUCAUGAACGAUUACAUUCAAGACCGCGUCACCAUGAACUUGACAGCUGCAGGAGUCGAUCGACCCAUUUCAGUCAAAUCCAGACUCCUCAAUUGGGAUUUCACCAAUCAAGAAGACGAACUGCCCUUGACCGUUACCUUUUAUGCCGAUACCACCUACACCGAUAAUAAAGACGGAGAAGAACCAGAAUCCGUCAAUGCCGACACGGUAUUCUACUCCUUUGAUCUGUCACCGGAAGAAAUUGGAAACUUUAUUCAAAACUACGUAUGGCUCGUCGACAUUAAAAAUCCAUUCUACUACGUCAUGGCCGUCACAAUGCGCGUACGACAAGCCGAACCGUUGCCAGAUCCCUCCGAAUUGAAGAUUGAUCGGACGUGGUGUGAUGGAGAAACCAAGGAACCCAGUGCGGCACCCUCUGUGGCAUCCCUGCCUUCCAACGCACCGUCAUUGGCACCCACCACUGUGCAACCCACACUCGCGACAACUGCACCAUCAGUAAUAGCAGCACCCACUACUCCACCCACUCAGGCGACGGCGACUAGUGCACCAACCGCGGAGGGUGAAACUCUGUCGCCCACCGCUGUCUCCGACAACAACAACAAUAAUAAUAUUGAUGAUAUUGGUGCCAACAAUCCCAACAGUAUUAGCACAGAUCCCGCUUCCACAAACUCGACAGACCCAAGUGCCAAUGCAACGGAUCCUAACAACAACACUGAUGGUACUAACAAUGCUACCGACCCGACAAACAACAAUCCCGACGGCAACAACGCUACAGAUCCCAACAACGAUAAUGCUACCGAUACCACAAUGUCUCCCACCAGUUCCAUGGCGCCCACGGUUUCACCAGCCCCUACGGUUUCACCAGCACCCACAAUGCCACCCUCCGUGUCUCCCGCACCGACAGUGACCAUGAUGCCGACAGGGCCAUCCACCAACGAAACAGCAUCACCCAAUGAUAGUGACAAUGAUAGUGACAACGACAACAGUAAUGCGACUCUAUCACCGACUAGUUCCAUGGCGCCCUCCGUUUCACCAGCGCCAACAAUGACACCUUCCGUUUCUCCAGCGCCCACAGUGACCAUGGCUCCAACCACCACCCAAGCGACAACAUUACCCACCACGGAGGAAAAUACACAAGCACCUUCCUUAGCCACCGACGAACUACCCACGCCUCCCACCAACCAAGUCCAAGCCACGACACCUCCCAGACCCGAACCACCCACACCACCCACCAACCAAGUCCAAGCCACAACACCGCCUAGGCCCGAACCACCCACGCCACCGACAAACCAAGUCCAAGCCACGACACCUCCCAGGCCACAACCGCCGUCGUCGGAAACCACGGCAUCGCCGUCCAUUAGCAACAAUGGUCCAUCCAUAAUGGAGGAGACCACUUCUCCCACUGUCAAUGCUCCCACUGUCAAUGCUCCGUCCAUCACCACUACUGCCCCAUCCAUCACCACUACUGCCAGUCCAUCCACGGAAACGGAAACGGCCAGUCCAUCCGUUGCCACAGACACGAGUCCUUCGGCUGCUGCCGCCGCAGACACAACCAGUCCUUCGGCUGCGGCCACUGACGCGACACCUACCACACCGGGACCCGGUAAUAGUGGUGGUGAGAAUCCUGGCAACAACAACGACAACAACAAUAACCCUCCAGGACCCACUCGAUCGGUCCCCUACAGCAUGGACAUUACAUGGACCAAUCCAGACCAUGUUUCUCCAGAACAAGAACCCAACCAAGACCAGAUUCGACAAAUGCUUUGUGAAACACAAUUGUUCCUACAGGAAAGACUGGCCGUGGCCACGGGACGGACCACCGUCAACACCACGCUGUCGAGUAUCGAUUGGGUGUGGCAAACGAAUAGUGCGGAUAAGGCUGAUUUCGUCGUCAACUAUACCCUCACCGCUCACGGCAACCUAGGCGAAUCUUUGGUACCGCCAGCGAUUGUACAAGCCGCCUUGGAAAAUGCCGGGCCCGAUUUGUUUCAGUACUUGCUCGCGGCAGCCGCCACGGAAAAGUAUGCGACUGCGGCGGAAAUUGCCAAAGAAAAACAAGAAAAUAUCUUUCGACAAGGCGAUGGCACGGCUACGGCGGACGCCGCUGGGGACAGUCCCUUUGGUUUCAUGAGUUUAUUGGUCAUGACAGACUUGCUGUCACAGGAGUCAUCAUCUUUGGAACAACAACAUUCCCCAGGCAAAAUUGAAACCUUGGAAGGAUGCCAGGAUUUGUCGUUGCGAGAUCCACCCAAAUCGCUGCUCGGGGAUGAGUUGGAUCCAUCGUUGCUGGCCGAUCUGCCAGCGGAAAAUAGUGGCGGUGGGGCGGCAGAAAACGACAAUGGCAAUCCCAGAGAACAGCCAGGAGGAGGAGACGCCGAUGAUCCCACAUCUACAGGUGGCGUCGCUGGUACUGCCGUUACGUUGGCGCCUACAGCGGCACCAGGUCCGUCGGUAGAACAGGUGAAUGUGAGCUUUAUCGUUUCGAACUUGGAUCAAAUUACCGAUCCCGGAAUUGUCAAUAUCAGUGGAUUGUCCUUGUCCUUUCCGGCGUUUGCGGAAAAGGUUGUAAGCAGAGUUGCUGCGGAAGAUGGAGUACCACGACGACGAUAUCUUCGAGCAGCUGCAGAUAGACGGCAUUUGGCGCUCAAAGUGAUACUCGAACCGGGGACUGCAUACGUGUCAGAAAUAUUCCGAACGGACUGCGGAAAUCAGACGGAUCAACAACUGGUGUGUCACGAAGCUCGGGGUCAGUUCGAGCUGCGUCGAGGCGAGGCAGAUGACCUACUAUCAGAGACUUCUGCACCGGGGAACGAAACCUCCACCAACGAAACCUCUACCAAUGAAACGACUACAAGCCAACGGCGCUUACAAGAUUGGACGCACAGGUACGCCGUUGAGGCGUAUCAAACCAUCAAUGAUGGAACCUAUUACGACAUUAUGAAGCAAGCAAUGCCAACCACACCACUCUACAUUGGAACCACGGUGCCUGGAGUGCCAGUACCUCCCUCUGGCGUGUCCGACACUGUAAUGUGGAUUCUGAUUGCGCUCAUUAUAGCACUGGCCAUUUGUAUCAUUCUUACUUGCGCCUAUCUCUUUUACGAGAGACGAGAGCAUGACAAAGAGGUCGACCAGCUACUGGAUGAGAUGGAAGAAAUGGAGUUGGAGGAUGGCUCUCAGAAUUCCAAACACCAUCACCACCAUUAUCCACCAGAUAAGGAGGACAAAGAUGGAACCCACAAGGGGAGUGACAGCGACAAGAGAGACACCGAAGAGGACGAGGAAGACUUUAUGGACGAGGAGGAAUUCAUGGACAUGGAUAUCGAUGACGGAGAAAGCGCUGACAACGACAAGGGAUUUGUGGAUGAAUACUUCGACGAAGAUGACUUUUUGGAUGAGAUGGAAAAGAAGGAUGACGACAGCGACAAGUCUGGUGAUGGCGCCCAGCAAAGGAGCGUUUCGCCCAUGGAGGAUGAUUCUAACAGCGACAGGUCCCCUAUUGAUGGCGUCCAGGAGACGCGUGCUGCCCCCCCAGACGGUUUGGAGGACAUCGAGCCUGCAACGCUUGAUGAUGACGAGAACAACAAGCCUGCUGCUGUCGAUGAUUCCGACGACGAAGAAGACGAUGUUGACAAUUUGGAUGACAGUGAAAACAUCAUCGAGUUUGACAAUGACCCUGAGGAAGACGCCAGUACCCUGAGUAGCGGGCAUUCAUCUGUUGGACCAAAUGACUCGGACGAAGGGUGGGAGUCUGGGUCGGGUUCGAGCAGCAGUGAAAGUAGUCAUAGCAGUGGAGGCAGCAGCAGCAGUGGAGGCAGCAGCAGCAGCGGUAGUGGUAGCCACGACGAGGAAGGGCAACAUGACAAUGAAGAAGGACAGGCACUCGAAAAUGCCCGAAGCCUUGGAGUUGACAGCAGCGACCCAGAAGACGAAGACGAAAAGGAGGGCUCCCUCGAAAUGGAGGACAUAUUGUCCCGAAGCCUGGGAAAAGACAGCGGCGGAGCCGAGAAAGAAGAAGAUCAGGGCAAAGGUGGCCAAGAAGAUCAACCCGCCGAGCGACACGAUGACGACGCGGCGAAGACUAGAGGUCUCAGCAUCAUUGAUGAUGGCCAAGACCACGUUUUUGAGGACGGAAACGACUCGGCUGACUUUGAGAGGAGUGUUACGCUCCAGGAAAUCUUCAACUUGUCGCGGCCCCUCGGCGAUUCUGGAAGCAAUAUCAACGAGAAGCAAGCAGUGUCUGUACCGGACACAAUAGAAGAAGAAUCUGAAACCCCGUCCGAGGACCAAUCUGAUGCUGCCCAAGAAGUUGCCGCAACGGGCACGAGAGCACUAGGGGAUAUUGCAGUUAGUGAUGCAAAGGCAAUGGACGACUCGUCGGAACACGAAAUUGUGUUUGGCGAGGAGGAGGACGACGAGGUAAGCGAAGGCCAAGGUUCUGACGAAGAUGUAAGUGACAACGAGGAAGCCGAAAACGAGAACAAAGAUACUUCCCAGGAUUCUGACAAGAAUUCUGACCAAGAUGGAAGCGACGACAAGGAAGCAAAAGAUGGAAGUGACAACGAGGAAAGUGGAGAGGACGUAUGGAAUUCUAUGAUGGAAGCACAGAUGGCCAAUCCAGCCAGGAGUGCAGCAGCCCUCGCUGACAGCAACGACGAGAUAGGCGAAGCCGAAGAACAAAACGAACACGGAGGUGAACACCAGAAUGAUGGCACAAUAUAUAGCAGCAGAAGCAUUGGAGAGGCGGCUCAAGAUGAUGAUGGAAGCGAGGGCAGUGGCCAACUGAGACGAGAAAGUGGCACCAGCGCUGGUACAUCGAGCAGUGACGGUGUCAGUGAUGAUGAAGCCAUGGAAGACCACGAUGGAAGUGGGGAAUUAAAGCAAGAUAGUGCCUUCAGUGCAGGCAGUUCUAGCGACGGCGAAGCCGGAAUGGAAGAACAAGAUGAAAGCGAAGAUGUGCAAAGAGAUCGUGGCAUCAUUGGUGGCAUUGCUAGCGAUGGAGAAGAGGACGCAGAAGAACACUAUGGAAGCGACGAAGUGCAAAAAGAUCGUGGCAUCAUUGGUGGCAGUGAGGACGGCAGAGAAGAGGAUAUGGAAGAACACGAUGGAAGCGAAGAAGUGCAAAGAGAUCGCGGCAUCAAUGGUGAUAGUGAGGAUGACAGAGAAGAGGACCUGGAAGAACACGAUAGAAGCAACGAAUUGCAAAGAGAUCAUGGCAUCAAUGCUGGCAGCGAGGACGGCAGAGAAAAGGACACGGAAGAUCAUGAUGGAAGCAACGAAUUGCACAGAGAUCGUGGCAUCAGUGCUGACACAUUUGGCAGUGACCAUGAAAAUUACGAGGACAUGGAAGAUCAUGAUGAAACCCAAGAACCAAGGAGGGAAAGUGGCACCCUUGACAGCGACCACGAUGAUGACAAAGACAUGGAAGGCUUUGAAGGAAGCGGAGAAGUAAAAAGAGAUAGCGGCACAUCUGGCAGCAACAAUGACAGUGAAGAAAAUUGGGAAGACUUUGAAGGAAGUGGAGAAGUGAAAAGGGAUAGCGGCACCAGUGCUGGCACAUCUGGCAGUGAAGAAGAGUGGGAGGACUUUGAGGGAAGUGGAGAUGCCAAGUUGAACACUAGUGGCAUAUCUAAUGACAGUGGAGUGGAAUGGGAAGACAAUGAUGAAGAGGACAUUGAGAAGGCCAACAAUGCCAGUGGCAUCUCUAGUGACAGUGGAGUUGACUGGGAAGACUAUGGUGAUGAUGAUGACGCGGAAAAAGCCAACAACGCCAGUGGCAUCUCUACCGACAGUGGAGUGGACUGGGAAGACUAUGGUGAUGAUGGUGACGAGGAAAAAGCCAACAAUGCCAGUGGCAUCUCUACCGACAGUGGAGUGGACUGGGAAGACUAUGGUGAUGAUGGUGAUGAGGAAAAAGCCAACAAUGCCAGCGGCAUCAGCGGUGACAGUGGAGUUGAAUGGGAAGACAUGGACGAUGAAGAUGGAGAGGAUGGAAAAGCAAGCAAUGACAGUGGAGUUGACUGGGAAGACUACGGCAUAGACGAGGAAGAAGAUAAGGCGAAAGGAAGCGAUGCAAGUAGCGACGUGGACUGGGAAGACUACGGCAGUGAUGAGGAAGUUAAAGCCAAGGGAAGCGAUGCAAACUACGGCAGUGACGAGGAAGAAGAUAAGGCAAAAGGAAGCGACGCAAGUAGCGACGUGGACUGGGAAGACUUAGGCAGCGAUGAGGAAGAGGAUAAGGCAAGAGGAAGCGAUGCAAGUGGUGAUGUGGACUGGGAAGACUAUGGCAGUAAUGAGGAGGAAGAGGAGGACGACGAUGAUGAUAGUGUUGACUUGAAAGAAAAGUCAACCAAUUCUCUCCGUGAUGCAUUUGCUGUGGAUGCCGACAAUGAAAGUGCCCAAGAUAUGCUCUGGGAUAGCUACGUCCAUGAUUCGGAUGAAAUUGUGUUCAAUGCUGAAGACUCCGAUUCAGACUAA